AUGGCACAACCUGACCUCACGUCGCAUCAUGUCAACUAUUUAAUAUGGAGGUACCUCCAAGAAUCAGGUCAUGGCGAUGCCGCUGUCUCUCUGCAGCGCGCGUGGUUCCCUGAUCCGCAGACACUCCCGUUUGCGCCUUACAUUAAAACCCAUGCGCUGGUGUCGCUGGUCCAGAAAGGCCUGCAAUACCACGAGAUGGAAUCCUCGUUAGACAAGGAGGGCAAUCAGAGAAGCAUUUCACCGUCUGAUUAUUUUUUUGGACCAGAGCCCUUUGAAAUUGGAACCAAAACUGGGUCAGUGGACAGUCGCGAUGGGGCUGUCGGCAAGGACCCAGAUUCGCCGGGCCAACUUGCGCGCGACCGCCCGGUGAACGGCCAUGCCGAGCCCGGAAAGGAUACCCGAAAGGAUGAAACUGAUAGCGAUGAGUCAAUGGAGGACAAGGCGCAAACUGAAAGUCAGCCAGAUACUGAUCAUAUGGAUGAGGAUGGUGAUGUCAGCAUGGCCGAGGAGAUCCCUGAACUACCCACUUUGGAAAACGGCGAAAGCGCUCGCGUCCAGAUCGCCCCCGCCAAGCCCAUUGAUUUGACCCCCAACACCGCCUUACUGAAUCCGGAUCAUCACGUGACCCAUGUUGUAUGGCGCCCUCAAGAUCCUACUGUGAUUGUGGGAGCUGGUGAUUUCUUUUGCAGCUUAUGGAGACUGUCGGUGUCAUCAGAGCCCGUUCAGAAGAAAAUUCUCGAACUCAAGAGGGGCGACACAACUGUCUCGACCGUAGCCUGGGAUGCCAUUGGUGAGAAAUUGGCUGUCGCGACUUGUACUGAUGACAGGGGCACUAUCACCAUGUACAACGUCAAUGGAGACGCAGUGGAUCUACUACCCGAGGUACCCCGACUUAUCACUGGCUUGCACUGGGCAGCCGGUAGCUCGCAACUGAUUGUUGUAGCCUCGAAUCAUAACGUAUCCGAACUUGCACUUUGGGACGACGGCCGCCGACCAGAUGUUUUCCCUCCACCUCAAAUAAUUGAGAACCAUGUUUAUGAUCUCGCGUGGUGUGGGCGCAACCUGGCAUUUGCUGCUGGUGAUGGUGCAGUCUAUCAAUGCGAAGUGGACUACAGUCUCCGUUUGGUUAAGACAUUCGAUUCUCCCAGAGAUAACGCAACCUGGGAGUUCAUUCGCUGUGUCCAAACCGAGUUCCAUUCGGUCGCUAUCGUGGCUUCUGGACUGAGCGCUUCGAUUUGGAUCCCCACCCAUGACAUUCUGAUCUCAAACGCCCACAAGGACAGAAUCACCGGCAUUGAUAUCAGUCCUCAAUUUGAUCCCCAUCGGAUUGAGUUUGCCUCUUUCUCGGCGGAUGGUAAGGUCAAGGUCUGGCAGGUCAACCUCGAUACAAAGGAUUACACGAACCUUCAUCAGCUGAGCCUAGACUCAAACCCCGCUAUUACCGGAUCUUUCUCCCCCGAUGGAUAUGCUCUCGGUGCAGCUAGCAAGGACGGACUCUUUAUCUGGAACAUUGAACACCCCGGUGGUAAUCUCAUAUCUACCUGGACUGCAACUAGCCCUGAGGUGAAGAAAGAGGAAGUCGACCGCAUGACCAACGGACAUAAUGGACACCAUGGACAGAAUGGUCACUCAAACCCGGACCCCCAUCGAGCCCUUUCCUGGGAUGCAGAUGGCAAACGACUUGCCUAUGGCUUCAGUAAACAGGUCGCCAGCAUCCCGUCCCUUGAGACGGCGCGAGAAGUGAUCUCACAGUCGAGGAAUUCCGAGUUCCCUCCCAAUCUACUUCCUGUUACGGCGUCGAUCCCUGCCGACCUCUUAACCCCAACAUUGGCAUACUUGAAGAUUGCGGAGAACUCGCGGUUAUCAUUCUUGUAUGAAAGUGCUGCUACCACGGAGACUAUUGGGCGAUACAGCUUUGUUGGCGCAGACCCCAGAAAGGUCAUCAAGACCGGCGAGGGCCAUGGCCCAGCAGCGGACCCUCUCCCAUAUCUCGAGGCUGAGCUUUCUCAGUUCCGCGUCGCGACAGUACCUGGAUUAGUCCUCCCACCGUUGACCGCCGGAGCGAUCGGAUAUGUUGGAUAUGACUGUGUUAGAUACUUUGAGCCCAAGACCGCGCGGCCGAUGAAGGACGUCCUUGGAGUGCCCGAAUCGUUCUUUAUGCUUUACGACACCAUCAUUGCAUUCGACCAUUUCUUCCAAGUUGUCAAGGUCAUUACAUACGUUCCCAUUCCCUCGGCGGAUACCGAUAUCGAGACCUCAUACCUCAAGGGCCAGUCCAUCAUCCAGAAAACGAUCGAUACGCUACUCCAGGACCGCACACCACUUCCACCUCAGGGCCCGAUCAUUCCGAACCAAGAGUACACAUCCAACAUCGGACAGGAGGGAUAUGAAGGUCACGUCAAGCGAUUGAAGCAGCACAUCGCCAAGGGCGAUAUUUUCCAGACCGUGCCAUCACAGCGGCUAUCACGACCCACCUCUCUCCACCCGUACAAUCUCUUCCGCCACCUUCGCACCGUCAACCCUUCUCCCUAUCUGUUCUAUAUCGACUGCCAAGACUUCCAGCUUGUCGGAGCCAGUCCUGAGCUCCUAGUAAAGGAAGAGCGGGGUCGCAUCAUCAGCCACCCCAUCGCAGGCACAGUGAAACGGGGCAAGACCCCGGAGGAGGAUGCCGCCCUCGCCGAGGAGCUCCGUAGCAGUCUCAAGGACCGCGCAGAGCACGUCAUGUUGGUCGACCUUGCCCGCAACGACGUGAACAGGGUUUGCGACCCCACCACAACACAAGUCGACCGACUGAUGGUUGUGGAGAAAUUCUCACACGUCCAGCACCUGGUCUCCCAAGUCUCAGGAGUGUUGCGGCCAGGCAUGACCCGCUUUGAUGCAUUCCGGUCUAUCUUCCCUGCUGGCACAGUUUCCGGCGCGCCCAAGGUUCGUGCUAUGCAGCUCAUCGCUGAGCUGGAGGGUGAAAAGCGUGGUGUCUAUGCUGGCGCUGUAGGAUACUUCGGAUAUAACAGCGCCAAUGUAGAUGGCUCGGCCGAAAUGCCCGGUGCAAUGGAUACAUGCAUUGCGCUGCGCACUAUGAUGGUCAAGGACGGCGUUGCAUACCUCCAGGCUGGUGGUGGUAUUGUCUUUGACUCGGACCCCUAUGAUGAGUACAUUGAGACGAUCAACAAGCUCGGUGCUAACAUUGCGUGCAUCAAGGGAGCUGAGGAGAAAUAUCUAAGCAUGGAGAAGUAA